CCUUUCCUGGAAAAUAUUCCCUCAACCGAUCGGCGCAGGACUUGUGUAUCCCCCGCUGGUUGUGACCUUCAGCAUAACAGCCGACCUGUUUCUUGACUGUUCAAGUUGGCAAAUUUUGCACAAAGAUCAUCUAGGGCCCUCAGCUAUAUUUUCCAAAUCGGUUUAGACUAUGGCUCCGUCCAUUCAUAAGAAGGUCAAGAUCAGCGCAAACCAGUCAAAAUCCGUAAAAUCUACUGGGCACCGAGCGCCAACAGUAAAGGAAGCGGCAAAACAUACCGCUAAACCUGCUCCUGCCAUUGUCUCAGCGAAGGGGAAAGAGCGUGCUUCGACUCAAGCACCCCUCCUCAAGGCUUACCAAGCCAAGAGUGCUGCACGCUCUGAGGCUGGGCCUUCCUCAAGCGCGCCGCCGGCGACAUUCAAAGUUGUUGCCGGCUCGUACGAAAAACUUCUAUACGGCCUGGAAGGGUCAACACGUGCCGAGGGCUCUCGUUACAGCUUCCAGUUGAAGCCCAUAUUCAUAUUUCCCGCACACAUCUCUUCAGUGCGAGCAGUAGCUGCUUCGCCACAAGGAGGCAAAUGGUUGGCGACAGGCAGCGGGGAUGAGAUCGUAAAGGUCUGGGAUUUACGGAGACGGAAGGAGAUUGGAGGGCUCAUGCAUCAUGAGGGUUCCAUCACGCAUUUGGAGUUUCCCUCUCGGUCGCAUCUACUUUCCGCGUCGGAAGACGGCACACUAUGCCUCUUCCAUGCGCGGGACUGGGGUGUUCUCCGGUCACUGAAGGGUCACAAAGGACGUGUAAACUCCGUCGCCGUCCACCCAUCAGGCAAGCUUGCUCUGAGCGUUGGGAAAGAUCGGACGUUGCGCAUGUGGGACCUCAUGCGAGGAAAGGGCUCGGCGAGUACAAAGCUUGGGAAAGAGGGUGAGGUCGUACGGUGGUCAACCGAUGGUUCGCAGCUCGUCGUACUCUCGCAAUUGACUAUCGACCUUUACACAAACGACAUGCAACUGCGACAUAUAAUCAACCAUCCUUCACGACUACACGACGUCAAGUUCUGCAAACGAGUGAAUGGCGAAGGCGAGGUUUUGCUUGUCGCAGCGGAAGACAAGAAGGUUUCGAUAUACGACCUUCCAUCCGACCCAGAGAAGGCACCUUCAAUAAUCGCUGAAAUGGUCGGACACAGCAAUCGUGUGAAGGCGAUCGAGAUUCUGGCCAUCGCCCUACCCUCAUCCAACAGACCAUCAACCACCAUUGUUAGCACCAUAUCAUCCGAUGGCAAGAUUCACAUAUACGACCUGGCGGAUCUGCCUGCCACUCCGGAACAAAAGCUCCAAUUGACUCCGGUCGCGGAGUACGACACGAAGGGCUGUCGAUUGACAUGCCUUGCACUCGCGGACGGCGAGGUAUUGAGUGCCGUCGACGCAAAUGGCAAGCGCAAACGGAGUAGCGACGAGGAUGCAGAGGAAGGCGAGGAAGAUAAUGUGGGAUGGACUGCGCAACAGCUCGAUGAAGCUGCGUCCGGCGACGAGCAGGAGAUUGAGGGAGAGGCCGAAGCCGAGAGUGACAGUGGUAGCGAUGAUGAGUAAAUGCGCAGAAACUACCGAUACAAUGCCAGUUAUCCAGAGAAAAUACACUACAUAAAGUCUAUUGCUCGUUUCCGAGCCCUCGGUGCUUUGUUGACCUCUAGCGAGGGCGGAUGCAUCUCGACAUCUAGUGGUGACUUCGAGGGCGAAGGCGAUAUGGCUGCCGCAGGUAUCUUCUUCA